AUGCUCACGAACUGCCAAAUCAACAACUUCAAACUGACCCGUCAGAUCGGGUCCGGGGCGUAUGGACUGGUUUUCCAUGCGGUAGACCUGAUUACCGAAAACGAAUAUGCCAUUAAAGCUGUGGUCAAGGACACCUCAGCACGCGAGAUCAAACAGGCCACAAUGCUGCAAACGCAGCUGUACUACUACUUCAAGUCGUUCCAAAACCACUUGUACUUGCCGUCGGUCGAUUUGGACUCGAUUCGCGUGCUCACCGAUGAGCAAUUGCAACGGGCGCCACAUUUCCGCGAAAUCGCACUACAUUUGCAGGUGCACGCUCAUCCCAACGUCGUGACCGUGCACCAGGUACUCGAGUCGCCUCUGGCGACGUUUCUGGUGCUGGACUACUGCGAGCGCGACCUCUUUUCCAGUAUCGUCGACCACCAGUAUUUCGCGCGCGACGGUGCACUCGUCAAGCGCGUGUUUCUGCAGCUGUGCUCGGUGCUGCAGUACUGCCACGCACGCGGUGUGUACCAUUGCGAUAUCAAGCCCGAAAACAUCCUGCUCGACGCCUACGACAACGUUUGUCUGUGCGAUUUUGGACUUAGCACUUUGGCCUCACAACUGCCGGCCAACGUGUCGCUCGGAUCCAGCUACUACAUGGCUCCAGAGCGGCUCUCGUGCCCGUCGUCCCUGCAGGACGACAGCGCCGCCGUCGCCCCGCUGUUUCCUACAUGGGCUGGAGACGUUUGGUCUUUGGGUAUAAUUCUCAUCAAUUUGACCUGCAUCCGCAAUCCAUGGCUCAAGGCACAUCAGCUCGAGGAUACCACCUUCAGCUACUACGUGCGCGACCCCAAGGUGCUGCUCAAGAUUCUGCCCAUUUCACAACAGUUGUUUGAAAUUUUGACGGAUAUCCUGCAACUAGGCCCAACCACAAGACCCAACUUGUCCGACAUCAUGGAGCGUGUCUCUGAGUGCACUUCGUUCACCACGUCCGGCCCUCUGAGCCACGUCGCCCCGCUUAGUGAUCCCGAAAUACAGACCCUCCUCACCAGCCAUCGCGGACUUACCAUCAAGCAAAUGCUGCGCAACUACCACUCCGACGAAGAGUAUAGCCGAUCAGAUUACCAGGACGGAAACGAGACCGAGCUCACCAGCGAAGACGAGUGCUCUUACGAACGCCCUCAAUGCGACAGCAGCGCUUCGAAUCAAAUCAGAGACGUCCAGGGCAAGUGCCAGUCGAACGCCGUCGCCACCAGUGCCUCUACUGCCAGUUUUCCCACCGACUUCGAACUAAACAUGUUGACCAAGAACAUGUCGGUAAUGACCAACUACUCGGCUCACAGCCGGUGGCUGCCGCAGUACUAG